AUGAUGGCACGUCCGCGAGCCUUGUCGAGUGCCGACACCCCCAAAGAACCCCAUGCGGUCUCUCUCAAAGGUUUUGAGUUCAACAAACCCCCCAUCCUACGCCUCUCGCGACCUUCACUGUCAUAUCAAUCCCCACUCCCUACGGCCAACACGAAGAUUUCCCCUAAGGCAUCAUUAAGUCACCCAUCCGAAGAAGCCGACCCUCAAUUUAUACUCACUCCUAAUCUCACCCUUCCCCCCGCAUUCGGAUCAGUCUACGUCGGAGAAACCUUCGCAUGCACACUCAGUGCAAACAAUGAAGUUGCCAGUAAUGAAACGGGACGGGCCGUGACAUCGGUACGUAUUGUGGCCGAAAUGCAAACGCCAUCGUCCGUCGCAACUCUGGAGCUCGACCCCGCUGGUGACGCGGCCCAAACAGACGGGCUUCAAAUUGGCGAGUCUUUACAAAAGAUCGUUAGGUACGAUCUCAAGGAGGAAGGAAACCAUAUUCUAGCUGUUAGCGUCAGCUAUUCGGAGACCAGACUUGGGCAGGAUUCCCAGGCAGCAAGCAAUCGAGUCCGGACUUUCCGCAAGCUGUAUCAAUUUGUCGCGCAGCCUUGUCUUAGCGUUCGGACCAAGGCGUCCGAGCUUCCGCCGUUGGAGGUGGAUAACAAGUCAUUGGGUCCUUAUGGGAAAACACGUUUGCUCCGCUUUGCCCUGGAGGCGCAGUUGGAAAAUGUGGGAGAUGGCGCGGUCGUGGUCAAGCAAACAAGGUUGAAUCCCAGGGCGCCGUUCAAAUCGCGAUCCCUGAAUUGGGACACGAGCGAAAACGAAUCCGCCCCACCGACUCUAAACCCGCGUGACGUAUUACAGGUGGCAUUCCUAGUGGAACAGGAAGAAGGUCGACAGGAUGGCCUCGAAGCCCUGCAAAAAGAUCUCAAACGAGACGGCCGCGCCAUCCUGGGCCAAUUGUCCAUUGAAUGGCGCGGUGCAAUGGGCGACAAGGGCUUUCUCACAACGGGCAACCUGAUGAGCCGGAAACGCACUUGA